AUGAACGUCGUGGGUAUCAUAUCUAUAGUUUUCUUCUAUUGCCUAAUCCUGUCGGUCGGACUAUGGGCCGGCAAGAAGAAACACACCGGGAACUCGGAGGAAGAAGUAAUGUUGGCUGGCAGAAACAUUGGACUUUUCGUCGGAAUAUUUACGAUGACGGCAACCUGGGUCGGUGGUGGGUAUAUUAAUGGGACGGCCGAAGCGAUUUACACGUCAGGGCUGUUAUGGUGUCAAGCUCCGUUCGGAUAUGCUCUAAGUUUGGUCUUCGGUGGAAUAUUUUUCGCCGAUCCGAUGCGCAGACAAGGGUAUGUCACCAUGUUGGAUCCGCUUCAAGAUUGUUUCGGAGAGCGUAUGGGAGGAUUGCUGUUUUUACCAGCUCUGUGCGGUGAAGUGUUUUGGUCCGCCGGAAUAUUGUCUGCUUUGGGGGCUACGUUGAGCGUGAUCAUCGAAUUGGACCAGGCUACUAGUGUGAUUUUGAGUUGUUGCAUUGCCGUUUUCUACACCAUUUUUGGAGGACUGGCCAGUGUUGCUUACACAGAUGUCAUUCAACUGUUCGCCAUAUUCAUUGGACUGUGGUUGAGUGUGCCGUUUGCGUGGUAUAACAAGAAAGUAGACUUUAACAAGCCUGGUUUGGAUAUGGUCGGAGAGAUCCAGGGAAAGGAUUUGUUAAGUUACAUAGAUUACGCUUUGCUCUUGGUGUUCGGCGGAAUCCCGUGGCAAGUCUAUUUCCAGAGGGUGUUGUCCAGUAAAUCUGCUGCACAAGCCCAGAUACUCUCAUUUGUCGCUGCUUUUGGAUGUUUCAUCAUGGCAAUACCACCGGUAAUCAUUGGAAUGGUAGCAAGGGCUACAGAUUGGAAUCAAACACAAUACGAUGGACCGAUGCCAAUGACUCAGAAGGAAACUAGCAUGGUGUUGCCAAUGGUUAUGCAGUAUUUAACUCCGGAUUGGGUGGCAUUCUUCGCAUUGGGCGCGAUUUCUGCAGCUAUAAUGUCUUCGGCCGAUUCCAGUGUUCUGUCAGCCAGUUCUAUGUUUGCGCGAAACAUUUAUCGAAUGUUACUACGACAAAGCGCAUCAGAAAUGGAGAUUGUGUGGGUCAUGCGAUUAUCUAUCAUAGUCGUCGCUAUUUCUGCUACGACUAUGGCAAUUACUAUCCCGUCCAUUUACGGCCUGUGGUCCAUGUGCUCUGACCUAGUUUACGUUAUCCUAUUCCCACAGUUAACUAUGGUAGUUCAUUUCAAACACUAUUGCAAUACAUACGGGUCACUAGCCGCGUACAUAGUCGCAUUUUACAUACGUAUAGCUGGCGGCGAACCUCUGUUGGGCCUGUCGCCAAUGAUAUACUUCCCUGGAUGGGACGGUGAAAAGCAACUGUUCCCGUUCCGGACCACAGCUAUGCUCUGUUCGUUGUUUACACUGGUGUUCGUCUCGUGGUUUACAAAGUGGCUGUUUAUCAACGGAAAGCUGGCACCGCACUACGAUUGGUUCCAUUGCGUGGUGAACAUACCGGAGGAUGCGGUGCGCGUCGGAGAGCCGCAUGAGGGCGAACAGAUGACCACGCUCACGUCGGGUCCGAUGGGGGCACAGUACGGCGCUGCAGUUACCACCGGUCUGGUCGGCAAGGACGAACGGAACGGCAGAAUCAACCCGGCGCUGGACAUCAACGACGACGUCGCUAAUACCACAACCGCGGUUCAGAGGAAAGCCAGCGUCGUGGGAAAGGUGUACAAGCAGGGGUAUGAGCAGACGACCACCGGAUUUUGAGUCGGUCGUACCUCGGUUCUGGUAGGAUCACGAGUAUUAUCGUAGUAGCCCUCUAUUCGCAAUUUAUUGUAUAACCGAAAACCCUUUAAGUCUAAUAUAACCAUAUCAUCUAUUUAUUCGCAACAGUGGACCGACUGCAACACGUUUGGGUACUUAUGCGAUUGGUACAAAUAAAAAACAAAAAUACGUAUAUAUCGUACGAUCGAACGCAUCCGUAUUUUUUAGGUGUACUUACUACUUCGAGUACUACAUAUUAAGCAUGCGACAAAUAAUUAUUAGCUGCACAAUAUAUACCAUAAUUAAACAACACGGUCGAGUACGAUUUCGUACAAAAAGUUAUUAAAUAUAUAUUUAAAAUAAAAAAAAAAUUACCAACUCAGACAUACAUAUACAUACGACAUUAAAUCAUUCUCAAAUGAUAUGAAAGAUAGUAUACACUGAACUUUCAAAACAUUUUAGAAACGGGAAAUAAUAUACUUCGAAAUAUUUAAUAAUUAAAGAAUAUUAAUGGACAUAAUUCCAAGUAGGCAUUUAAGUAAAAACUUAAACUUGUAUUACUAAAUCAAAAAAUGAAUCUUUAAUAAUUUUUUGUUUGGGUUAUUACUUAUUUCAUAAUAAAUCUGAAGUGUACUCAUACUGUUAAUAAUACUGCCAUCAUAUAAUCUUUAUGAUUCUGAAGUUGAUAAGAGUAAAUAACAAUAAAAACAUAAAUUCAUAUCAUAAUAUUUAAGAAUGCAAAUUGAUAGAUAUUUAUAAUUCAUUUUUCAACCAUUCGUAUGAAAAAAAAGAGUUUGAAAAUAUUUUGAAAUUUUUAACAAUUUAGUGUGUGCAACGAUAAUAGUGCAAAAAAAGUGAUUGGAAAUUAUAAAUAAUAUGUUCAAUCGUAUAAUUUUACCGAUAAAUCCAAUAAGCUUGGGUACACCAUGAUUCUCGAAAAAAUACGUUAUAACUUAUAGCGCAUUAUAGAACUGAUGACAUAUUAAAGAUUUAACUAUUUAUUAACUUAUCACGUAUUAAAUAUUUUUCUUUCAAACAAUUAUAUUUUUGACUUUUGAUAUAAGAUCAUCAAUAAUUAGUGUUUGGUAAUUGGUUAACUACCCAUGCAUACCAAUAGGAGACACCACAAUUAUGUUGGCUUUGUAUCGUAUGAAAAAUAUUUACUCACUCGUCACAGAUUUAAAGUUAAAAUCUGUACUUGAUUUCUUUUAAUUAUUAAACAAAUUUUUUUAGUUAUAUUGAUUUUUAUACAGCAGUGUACAUGUAAAUGCUGUCAUAUUAACCAUCCUAAAUUGUGUAAACGUAUUGCAUUAAUGCGUAUCCAAAUAUGUAACGUGUACCUAAUCGUUUUAUAAAUUGGUUGGUAUAAAUUUGUUAUGAACCCAAAUGUGUUGUAAUCAAUAAAUCAUAAUAUAACUGUGUCCAAUUCUGUUGUCCCAAGCUACUAUUUAUCCCUGCGUGGUUUUUUUUCUUAGUGAAAUAUCAUGGGCACUACAACACUUGUUGUUUGACUGUUGUUUAAGAAUAUAGAAUUAGAAAUUGAAUACCUAAUGUAUCAGUAUUAGAAAACACUGUACCUGUUACACGUUUGAGAUCUAUAAGGUUAUAUUAUAAUAUACUUUUAUUGUCGAUUCUUCCAAAAAAAAUUAAUUAAAAUAAUAACUAAUAUUAAAUGAUAAUAAUUAUAAUAAUUAUAAAGAAUAGAAUAAACACAAUAUAUAGGAUUAUUAAAUAAAAACGCCAAUUUAAAUGGUCUGUAGUUGGAAAUAAAUUAAUUGGCAUUUAAAUUUAACAAGAUAAAUUUAUAUUACACUAUGAUAUUAACGGUUUUUUUAGUACUAGUAUUUUAGAACUCGAAUAUGUUAAUUAAUUAAUUGAUAAAGUUGUUAAUGUGAUUGUUGAGCUUUUUUUAAAAACGUUUAAAUUUAAUCAGAGAUUUUAUGUGCUUUUAUGUAUAUUUUUAAGCAUAAAACUUAAAAUUCCACUAUUAUUGUUAUUAUCGGGAAUUUGUUAAAGGACUUGUACAAUGAUACAUAUCAUUUUAUCUUACUGUUAAGAUUGACAAUUACAUAUCAUUAUAUGUAUUCAAUACAUGACUGACCUUUAGAAAAAUAGUAAAAAUAAAAUAAAUACAUUUUAGAAUUAUUACAUCUUUUAUAAUUAAUAAUAUUUUACUUGAUGAUAUUCGGUCGGUUUCAUUGUUCAUCACACAUAAUAUUAUAAUUAAAUAAUUUUACUGUUGUUUGACUUUCAAAUGUUAAAUUAAGCCAAAUUAGAUGAACUAAUUUAUAGUUGGAAGCGACCGAAUCCUCAAAUCGAUAAUUUAUAUUACAGUUUUAAGUAACAUAAACAUAUCAGCACACAACGAAACAUUUUGUUAUAUUGCAGUUUCGUAAUACUUUAAGCCCCCUAUUUGUAUUUUUUUUUUUUAGUGAAAGAUAUACAAAAUAUUUAUACAUAUUUAAAUAUAUUAUGUAUAUCGUUAAACAGACAGACAAUUUAGCGUAAUAUUUACAAGUAACAAAAAAGUUGUUAUAUAAUAUUAUAAUUAGAAUGAAAUAUUAAAGUGGAAUGUAUUUACAAUGGAAUUGUCUAGUCGAUAUGUAGUUAUAAGUAGCAUAAUAAAAUUUAUGUCAUGUUAAAAGCCGAUGUUCUUACUGUAAUGCGUUGAUUAAAAAUUGUGGAACAUCACAAACUACUUAAUUUCAUUAAAUGCUAUAAAUAUGUAA